AUGGCUUGCUCAGGGCUGACUAUUCUCGAAAAUCCAGCCUUCUUCUUUCUGUUUAUUGCAGUUCUCAUUGCAACCCUUUGCAAUUCCGCAUUUUCGCCGACCAUCAAUCUCUGGUCCUAUCAACAACCAUCAAGAGCUGAACAGCAUAAAAGCUCCAUGACAACUGCUGCCACUAUAAAAUCUGCAAUGUCCAAGCUAUCACAUGCCACCAUCGUCCUGCACCGGUCUGCGGCUCGCGGCCACGCAGAUCACGGCUGGCUGAACUCGUAUCAUACAUUCAGUUUCGCGAACUACUAUGACCCUGACCUCAUGAACUUCGGGUCCCUGCGCGUCCUCAAUGAGGAUCGCGUUGCUCCCAACACGGGGUUUCCUACGCAUCCACAUCGCGAUGCGGAGAUUUUCAGCUACAUUCUUAGCGGCGAGUUGACGCAUAGGGAUAGCAUGCUUAAGAAAGGCGAGGAGGGGAAGCAAGGGAAGGACUUUUACAGGAUGAAGAGGGGUGAUGUGCAGUUUACUACCGGAGGGACUGGAAUUGCCCACUCCGAGCAAAACGAACACUCCUCAGAGACAGUCCACUUUCUCCAAAUAUGGGCUUUACCCUGGCGCAAGGGUCUCAUGCCACAGUAUCACACAGUGACCUUUGACGAGAGCCUCAAACGACAGGCCUUCCUACCCAUCCUCUCCCCUCUAGCAGCUGGCAAAAACGCGUCUGUGGCUGAAGAGAAAGAGGCCAAGCCCAAGAUUGCAGGCACAAUUCCGAUUCAUGCAGAUUUCGUGAUGGGCGCGGGCAUUAUUGCUGUGGAUCGGAAAUUUAAGUGGAGAGUCGGAGGCCCUGAAGGAGAAGAAGGUAAAAACGCGGUGGAGAGUAACAGGAAUCGAAAUGUCUAUGUGCAUUUGCCUAUGACUAAGAAUGGGAGAGCGCGGAUUAGAUUGGAUGGUAGGGAAGCGGCGGUGUUGCAGGAGGGGGAUGGCGCGUUUGUGAAGGGGGUUAAUGUUGGUGAUGAGAUUAAUGUGGAGAGUAUAGGCGAGGCCGAGGCGGAGGUUGUGAUAUUGGAUAGUGAUUAG